AUGAGUAAUCCGCCCAUUCGCGUACUGAUCACCAACGACGAUGGUCCACCGGCCAAGGAUUCUCCAUACGUCCUGGGCCUGUAUCUGGAGCUCAAGAAGCUUGGAUGGGAUGUACGAGUGGUUCUCCCCGCAUCGCAAAAAUCCUGGAUAGGAAAGGCUUAUGUUAUUCGUGAUGUCAUACAUGGCCAAUAUUUCUAUCCUAAAGAAGGCGAGUUUACUUAUGGAACCGGCGAGAAAUGUGAGGUAUCUCGACCUCUCAAAGCUGGCGAAGUUGGCGAAUGGAUUUUGCUUGAAGGGACACCGGCGACAUGCACGAACAUUGCGUUACACAACUUAUACCCCGGAGAGAUCGAUUUGGUUGUUUCUGGACCCAAUUUUGGACGAAACACUGCUUCUGCUUUUACCCUCUCCUCGGGCACAAUUGGUGCGGCGAUGUCUGGUGCUAUCUCUCGAAUGAGGUCUAUCGCGCUCUCAUACGGGACUUUCCACCAUCCGUCCCCACCAAAAUACAAUGCGCCCGCGCAUGCGCUCGCUGGACGGAUCAUUAAACGGCUCUGGGAGAACUGGGGAAUAGAUACUAACGGAUUGAGACUGAAUGAGGUGGACCUCUACAAUGUCAAUAUUCCUAUGGUUGACGAGCUGCUGCAAUCUGAGGGUAUGGAGGUAUGUUGGACCACGAUUUGGAGCAACAGCUAUGGCAGGCUUUUCAAACUUCAAACUGAGGGCGACAAAAAGAUUAGUCGCGCCGGCCCAGACGCACCGCCUUCAACCACGACAACCCCAGCCCAGCCGAACGUACCUUUGCAUGGUCAGCACCAAGAACCACAGAAUGGGCUUUUGACGCCAAAUCAAUCCGUAUCCACCCCCAAUCCCCAUCACGUUCAUACUCCUUCAAUACCACCACACCUACAACGUUCUGAACUUGUUUUCACAUUCUCGCCUGACAUGCAAAACCUGGUUUCCCCGCCGUUGGAUAAAGUGCCCCAUGGGACCGAUACCUGGGCGGUGCACAACGGUAAAGCAAGCGUAACGCCGAUGCGUGCCGCAUUUUGUCCAGGUGGUGAAGGGGAAGACAUUGCCGCGGGGCCGAUACGAAGAAUAGAGAUCGCACGACAAUGCAACCUACCGGAGUGGGAAGAGCCAGCAUAUAUAGAGCUAGGCGAGCGCGAAGAGCCGAUAACAGCCGAGGAGGCCAUUGUUCUUGGACUCGAGACACUUGCUGACAUUUCAAGGAGAAGAGAAGUAGCAUUGAGGAACAAGUUACGGUCUCCUGAGCCCAAUGCGCCUAGUAGCUCCCCUUCGCCCCCGUUAGUGCCCAGGGUACCCAUUAGCCGUCGUGCACCAGCGAUACCCGAUUUGGGGAUUUCUACCCCGACUAUGAUUACACAAGACUAUAGCGCAUCGCCUACAGCUAGUCGCUCCAACUCGAGGAUGAGCUCGCAACGUGUAAAUGGCACCAAGUCGGGCACUGUAAUCAAAUCUAAGAAAGAGAGAGCAAAAGCUCAUCCCAAGCCAUGCUUUAUUGAUGCUCCUCCUCCUGGUCAAAAAAGAGAGGGGUCUAUUAAAGACGUCGCUAUGAUCGAACUGGUCGUUGCAGACUGCCAAUGUAAAACGUAUCUGAACCCACGCGAAGAUCCGGUAUCGGGGCAACUGGUGUCACAAGUACAUCAAGUUGCCUGCAAGCUUCCAUCAUGCGCAGUUCAGGCAUUCAAGCAUAUCCAAAAAGAGCAAAUCGUAUAUGCAGAGCGAGUAGAUAAGCUUGAAGCCUUGUUAGAGAGGAUAACGAGCGAUCCGGUCCUUAUGCGCCGGCCUCCUACAUGA